UGUGUGGAUUGCGAAGGUUUAGAAACUGCAGUCCCGAAGCCUCACAGUUUUUGUGACCAUGAUUUGUAGUUUUCUACGAGUGGUUCAGCAUGCAGAGAAACUGCACCGGCCCCUGGGCAGGCAGAUGUUGUUGCCACACUUUGUGCUCACCAAAGCUUACUUGAAGACUCAGCCUUUGAGAUGGAGGCUGCUAGAGCACAAGAAAACAGGGCAACCUAGAACUGUUCUUGGGUUCACCCAGAAAACCUUCUGGACACAAGGACGGGACCUCCAGAAAGCAGAGGACGACAGCAGCAAGCAAGUGUCUGUUCGCAAAAGUCAGAAAGAGGAAACCGGCGUCUCAACGACUCAGAAAGUGAAAGAAGCCGGGAGAGACUUCACCAACUUGCUAGUGGUGCUCCUCGGAGUCAGCAUUACAGGUGGAUUGUUAUAUACAAUUUUCAAAGAACUGUUUUUUUCAUCCAGUCCGAAUAUCAUAUAUGGGAAGGCCUUAGGAAAGUGCCGAGCGCACCCUGAGGUGAUUGGUGUGUUUGGUGAGCCCCUUAAAGGCUAUGGGGAAAUGUCAAGACGUGGGCGGAGACAGCAUGUCAGUUUUGUUGAAUAUAUAAAAAAUGGGCUAAAGCGCAUCCGUGUGAAAUUCUACAUUGAGGGCUCUGAACCAGGGAAACAAGGAACAGUGCAUGUAGAAGUGGAAGAGAACCCAGGGAGUGGCCAGUUCGAGUUCCGAUACAUUUUCGUGGAAGUGGCUCCUAUGAGAACUAUUGUCGUUGAAGAUAAUCGUUCCCAACAGAGUUAAAAGAAUCAAGCCAGCUGCUUCCU